UCUUCAUUGGGUCUCUGCCUCGCCCGUCUCUCUAUAAAGCCUGCCUGCCUGCUUGCCUGGAUCCGCGGUCAUUCUGGGCUCUCUUUCCACCCGCUCUCGCCAGUGGACCGGAUCGUGCGGUUUGGCCUUAGCAUCCUUCCUUUAUUUUCCAGGUUCCACUUUAGGAUAAAUGACAGUGCAGCUGGAAGGAUCAAAGAAUCGAAAGAACUGCCAGUGGAUCGAUGCUGAGCUCUUGAGCUACAAUUGGCUGAAUAGAUUUGUUCUCACUCUAUCCAAGGAGGUAUAAAAGGUAUCUUCAUCUUGAACAAUGUUGUCUCUGGACCAGAUCCACACUGACCCACCCCAAACACCCAAGGAAUUCGAUUGGGCAGAACAGAGCUUUCUUCCACCAUUGAGUCCACUGCGCAGUGCCCGGCACAGAGAUACACUCCUGGAUAGCAAAAUUAGCCCUGAGGAUGCACAGGCCAGGGCCUGGACAGCCUAUUACUAUGACUUGUUGCAAUGCAGCUUACAGCAACAAGGGCUCCCAGAAACCAUUGAUCUCACCAAGGAGCCCCGAUCAGGAUUUGGACCCUCAGAUAUAACCAUCUGUGUCUUGGGUUGCCCUGCUUCAUAUCUGUCAGUGCUUCUGGAAGGUGGCAACCAGUGUCCUGGUAACAUGCUGCUGUGCUUGUCACCAGCCUGGCUCUCCAAGGUUCCCUCAGAAACUCAUCCUGGCGAGUCAUCUUUAUAUGUGCUGAAGGCAGUGACAUUUGAGCUUGGUGGCCGCACAAUGCUGGAAGAAUUUUCUUCCCCACGUCGGGUCAGCUACUUCACAGGGAGCUUUGGGCCCUGCAAGUUGCAGGGCCAGUCAGCAGCAGAAUUGGCCCGAGAUCUUGAUUGCCCCACCGGAGGUUCGGGAGAGUUGACUCGCCUGCUAGAGGACAAGUUGCUGACCCGGCAGCUCAUGGAUCAGAAGGGAGAAGUAGCUGUGCCCCCCACCUUGGCCUUCACCUUCAAGCGCCCAAUGCUCCUGCGCAAUGAGACAGAAGAGCAACGCAUCCACGUGGUUGAAUUGGGUGGCCGGGAAGGACAAGACAACCUUCUGCAGGAGGAAAUUACAGCCUUCUUGCAAGGUGGUGCAAUGGAGUUGUACAAACAGGUGGUGGUGAAGCCCUCAGGCUGGCGCUGCAAUGGAGCCCAAGCGGUAUCAUUUCAUGACAAGUCAGAACAUGGAUGCAUUCUGCAGGUGGUCCUUUCCUUGCUGGAGACUCUAGAGGAAGAUGAGAGCAUUUUGCUGGAGCCUUUCAUCCCUACUGCUCACAUCAUCCAAUCUGGGCCUUUAGUUACCAACAACUCUUCAGUUCCAGGCAACAUAUCUCUGCAGCGUAACCUGGCAAUCCGAAUAUGUGCUAUGGUAUGCCGGUCCCGAAAAGACCAGCCUCUGCUAAGCAAGGUAAUAUGUGGUGUAGGUCCAGCAAAUAAGCCACUGAAGCACCAGACCACAGUGCCUCAGAGUCUGGAAAGCAGCCUACAGCACUGGGGACUAAAAGAUGAGGUCCAAAUUGCUGCAAUCCACGCCCAGAUUAAGAAAAAAGCAGAGACUGCCAUGAAAGCCUUCAUGGAUAUGGAGGCUAGUCUAUCAGUCGAGCAGAAAGGUGGUCGCCGAGCACAAACUGACAUUAUUGGGGUGGAUUUUCUUCUGAGCUCAAAGGACCAGGUGUUGCAAUUGGUAGCCCUGGAGAUGAACUCACAGCUGUGCCUGGAGACUUGCUCAGCCCUUGAAUCCAUGGGCCGGAUGGUGGGGGCCACAGGAAGCGAGACGGCGCGCACCUUGGUGGAGACAAUGCUGCACCGUGCACAAUGCCACCUGAUGGAGGGCAAGCAUGUGCUAGUGAUUGGGGCCGGCGGAUUCAGCAAAAAGUUCGUCUGGGAGGCUGCCAGGGACUACGGGCUAAAAAUCCACCUGGUGGAGACCGAUCCCAACCAUUUUGCCUCCCAGCUGGUGCACACCUUCAUCCACUAUGACACCACAGACCACACCAGGGAUGAAGAGCAUGCCCGGAAACUGCUGGGGCUUAUUCAGGAGAGGGGGCUGCGUCUGGAUGGCUGCCUGUCCUACUGGGAUGACUGUAUGGUCUUGACAGCGCUGAUAUGUGAAGGGCUGGGUCUGCGCUGCAGCUCCUCCAUGGCCAUGCGGGUGGCCAAGCAGAAAAGCCGCACUCACCAGCACUUGUUGCGGAGGUGCAAGGAGGGGUCCCGCUGGUCCUCCGCAGCACUCUAUGCUGUGCCAUGCUGCCACCUGGAGAGCCACGCUGAUGUGGAGCGAGCUGCCGGCCACAUCAAUUUCCCAGGUGUCAUGAAGCUCGAGUAUGGGGCCGGGGCGGUAGGGGUGAAGCUGGUAGAAGAUGCCCAGCAAUGUCACCUGCACUUUGACAAGAUCACACAAGACCUGAAGGACGACUCCGAUUAUUUCGGCAUUGGGUUGGGUUGGGGCAAUAACAUGCUAUUGAUGGAGUAUGUCUCAGGCACUGAGCAUGACGUGGAUCUGGUGAUAUAUGAGGGACGGAUGCUGGGGGCGUUUGUGUCUGAUAAUGGGCCCACCAGGGUGCCCAACUUUACAGAGACGGCAGCUUGCAUGCCCACUUGCCUGCCCCCCGAGAGUGAAUCACAACUUAUCCACGCUGCUUAUCAAUGCUGCCUGGGUUGUGGUCUCACUGAUGGUGUCUUCAAUGUGGAGCUCAAGUUGACAGCUGCCGGCCCCAAACUUAUUGAAAUCAAUCCUCGCAUGGGUGGCUUCUACCUCCGCGAUUGGAUUCGGGAGAUCUAUGGAGUAGACAUCAUGCUAGCUUCUGUCAUGGUUGCCUGUGGAGUGGCCCCAGUCCUGCCCACCCCCUCCCGUCCCCGUACAAACCUAGUGGGGGUGAUGUGCUUAGUGUCACAGCAUCUCCAGGCUCUCAAGUCCACAGCUAGCCUAGAGAUACUUCAGGCCCUACAUGAGCGUGGUGUCAUCCGCCUCAACCUGCUUGAUGAUGAGAUCGUGUCUAAAGAAUAUGAGGAGCCUUAUUGCAACGUGGCUUGUGCCAGUUCUAGUCGCCAGGAGGCCUGUGUCAAGCUACUAGGCAUCUGCCAGGUGCUGGGCAUUGACUCCCUGCAUUACCCUGUGGCUUACUUCCUCUCUCACUUCAAAUAGCCUUGGAGAUUCAGCUCCCUCAGGUUGGAGCUGAACUUGCAUGUGUGUGAGAAAGAGAGUGUGUGGGUGGGGGUGGGAGAGAGACUUGUCUAUUCCUUCUAAAUUACCCCUUCCUUUUUCCUAAGUUUUCACCACUGGAGUUUGCGUGACACAAAUUUCCUACUUACUAUUCUUUUUUGGAGCCAUCUCUGGGAAGUGCUCACACCUAGAAAGAGCUCACUUCUUUUAGGAAAGGAUUCUAAUAACUUUGAAAUCCUACCCUUCUACCCUCUGUGUGAGGAUAUUUUCUAUUUGAUUUGUGUUUCUGAUUAAUUUUCUGGGUCCCAGCCCCUGGUUUUUAAAUUACUCAUGCACCAGACCAUAGAUAAUGCAAAAUUCCAGGCUCUUCACUUUCUCUUUUUUAUACAGAAAAAGGGGAAGUUCCUUUAAGAUAGCCCUGGAGAGAGAGCCGUUUGCAUACUUCCAGAAUCAAUGGAAGAAGAAGCUUGGGUCCAAAUUUUAAAGCAGGGGUGUCAAACUGGCGGCCCAUGGGUCAAAUGCGUCACAUGCAGGCCACGCCCACUCUGGCUCCGCAAAAGCAGAAAACAUUGCAAUAUGUCGCGAUACGUCAUGUGACGCGAGUUUGACUCCCGUGCUUUAGAGUCCAUACCGUCCAGCAUAUUUCAACAGCAAUAUACUUCAAUAAAUGAGCAAGAGUAUUUCUGAAAGCACAGUUUUUCCUGAAAGGAGCCAUUGUAUGCAAACUCCAUCCAGAUACUGGUGAGCAUCUAAACACCAAAUCAACCCACUUU